AUGCUACAUCUGAGAAUAAAAUUUCACCCUCAACUAUUGGAGGCCAUGUCACAUCCUCCCACUCAACCUGCAAACCCCCCUACCGCUGCCAACGACACGGCAGCAGUUAAGCUCAUGGCCAACGUGUCACAUGAGCUUUGUAUUAAUACGGCCAUCCCCGCCAACAUCGUUAAAGCGGUCACCUUUUACAGCACAGAUGCAUCACCUCAAAGCAACUCUCCCAAAUGGGCCAAAUCGCUCCAGCGCCUGCUCCUGCUGCCGCCACGCCCCCUGCAGGACCCGCAGCCCCAUUGGCAGGUGCAGCCGUAG